AUGUUGCUGUCAGAAUACGAUAUUGAGUACCAUACCCAGAAGGCAAUAAAAGGAAGUAUCAUUGCCGACCAUUUAGCUCACCAGCCAAUUGAAGACUAUCAAUCCAUUCAGUUUGACUUCCCCAAUAAGGAUGUAAUGUACUUAAAAGAGAAAGAUUAUGAUGAAUUGUUGCCAAGUGAAGGGCCAGAUCCAGAAUCCCGUUGGGGCUUGAUAUUUAAAGGAGUUGUUAAUGCUUAUGGAAAUGGAAUUGGGGCAGUCAUUGUCACUCCUCAAGGUUCUCAUACUCCAUUUACCGCAAGAUUGACAUUCACUUAUACGAACAACGAGGCAGAGUAUAAAGUGUGCAUUAUGGGUCUUGAAGAGGCUAUCGACUUGAGAAUCAAAAUUUUGGAUGUAUACGGAGAUUCAGCUUUGGUGAUUAAUCAAAUCAAAGGAGAAUGGGAAACCUGCCAUCCUGGUUUGAUUCCUUAUAAAUAUUAUGUGAGGAGGCUAUCAACUUUCUUCAACCAAAAUGAAUUUCAUCAUAUACCUCGUGAGGAGAAUCAGAUAGUAGAUGCUCUAGCAACUUUAUUCUCCAUGAUUGUUGUGAAUUGGUGGAAUGAUUGCCCACAAUAA